CGAAGUGCAAACAGCCCCAACAGGUUCCUAAAUAAACGUUUUCUUAUAUAUUCUAUUUACUUACAACUAAGCGUGCUUUCAACCCAUAACUGCAGUAUACCAACCAAUGAAUAGCCCUUCCUGUCAACAAAAGUACCCCUUGACCGAUUCGACAUGGACCAGGACAAGGAUGCGGCGCUAUACGGGGGAAAUGCUGUAUUCCGGAAUCAACCAUCGUACAAGGUCUUCAAUAAAUCCUUCGAGCACGUGGACGAUGCUCUAUACACACUGCUGAACGAAGUGGAGCCAGAGGUACUGCGAAUGGAGCUUAAGGAAACCUCAGAUGUCUUCAAAUCGUUCAACCGCAACUCCGCAUUGAGGGAUCCUCGCAACAAUGAGGUCCCAGAGAGACCGAUUCGCGACCUUUCUACCGCCACUUCCCUCUACAGUUUUCCCAAUCCCCUAGAGCGACACUCGGAGCUGAAUUUUACGCAGCAGGCCUCUUGCAUGCGAGUGCUCCUCGCCUGGCAACGCUGUCAACCCGUCGAUGAACAGGACUUUGUGGUGUGGCAGGCCACGGAAAAGAAGCGAUGCAACGAGCAACAGCGUGUGCAGAAACACAUACACGACCACGAAAACGGUAGCAAAGAAGUCAUUUAUGCCCCCAUGAAGAGCCUGGUGGCGGUCUACAGGAAGUGGUACGAACUGGGUGUUAGGAAGCUUAUACAAGCCUACCCCAACGACUCAUACAUAACCUUCUCCGGACUGCCACAGUUGCCCCAAUGCAAGAGCCUCAAUUCUCAGACCGCCAGCAUAGAGCAGGUGGAGCUGGAAAGGACUGUGGGUCGGGUAAGACUCUGGCGAGAGGUGGAGGUCCGCCAUGAAGCCAUGCGAACUUUACGACUGCGCUUGGAUCGCUACGCGACGAGGGAAACAAGGGAGCCUGUACAGCUUUUGCGGAAGGAAGACAAGGAACUGGAGCUUGAAGCUGGCAACGUGUUUGUGCUGCCCCUAGACUCCCUGUUAAUGCUCCUUACCACCGGAUCUUAUAAAGACCUGCCAACCGAAAUGUUUGUCAGCCUAAGAGAAUCCCCAAGCAGUAGGCACAAAUGCAUGGAAUUCCAGUCGCCAUUCCCCGCCCGCAACUGUGGUUGGCAUACAAACAGUUUGAUCUUGAAGCUGGGUUAUGGGGCCUACAUUUCACAGCCUGGGCAAGCCGAGUGGAUUGAUUUCAACAUAAAUGGAGCAGUCAAGGAGGUGCCCGAUGAGCUUGCCUGUGAUAAGUCAUCUAUAGAUCUGCACAUGGUCUACAAGCCCCAAGCUAUUGAUCAGCAAUCCUCUGACGUGCUAGAUGGAAACUGCAAUAACGCCUUGGUUAGUUGGACACUAAGAAGUAAAGGCGAAGGAGAGGAGUGCAACGAGUUUCAAAUCUUUAGCACACUAUCUGUACCAGCAGUUACGGAUUUCAACGUCAAGGAACCACUUGGAUGCCACUUCAUAAAGCUGGAGAACAAGCCAGAUUGCGGAUGCGAAAUAAUGUCCAAAUACGAGUUGAUAAGUGCCUGGCUGCAGUUAAAGCUACUGCGGGUCGAGAUGGGACACUGCACACGCAUCUCGCUCCGAGAUUUUGAGCCCUUGCUGGAGGAGAAGCUGACGUUAAUGUCGCUGGAGCAGCAGCUUCAUGACUAUUACAACACUAGUAUGCCGCAGCUUCUAUCCAAUUUGUGCGAGUUUCUAAAACUACUGGACACUGUACCCGCUGGAGAUUACCUACUGCGAUACUCACCCAAAUACAAGGAUAAGUUCCUACUGUGCAUUGUCACAAAGGAGGCCACGCCCCAGAGCUUUGAGCUGCAUAAGCUCCUUACGGAAUCCUCUCCCAGCGACCAAGCCUUCCUUACACAAAGCAGUUACCUUCCGAUCUCGCCCACACUAUGUGGCCGCCUGCACGAGGAACUCCAGCUGCUGCCCUGCGCUUUUCCAGCAAAAGCAAACGGUCGCUCUGUCCAACGUCGAAAGGUAGUGGUGCCCAGACCAGAGCCCUCUAGACAAGCUCCAAUGAGACGACAAUCUUUAAAAAAGUGGAGCGAAACUCAAUCUAGAGAAUUUCGUCGACGAUGUAAAGUGGGUCAAAAGAAAAGAGCCCGGGCUCGCAAGAAAGCAGCUGCCAACGAAGAAAAGAUACAGCUGGAGAAGAUUAUGACGUUGUAA